GGGAUAUCCUACGGUGGGAUGGUCUCAUUCCGUCUACGUGGUGGUGCAAGAAGUGCAGAGGCCCUUCUGCAGAAACUUGAGCUGUUCACCCUUGCUGAGAGUUUGGGUGGCGUAGAGAGUCUUGCGGAGUUACCUGCGCGAAUGACCCAUGCGAGUAACCCACCGGCGGAGCGUGAGGCGUUGGGUAUCGAGGGGCUGGUGUUUUGGUGGAGGAUUCGAGGGGUGCAUUGGAUGGGCCGGAGGAUGAGGACAGUGGGUGUGGGAGUGGAUUGGUGACGCCGUCUGAUGUGAGUGAUGGUGCGGCUGAAGGCGCGAAUGGGUUGCAUUGAUUAGAUCUUGGUAUUU